GGUGUUCGUUCGCUUUGACAGGCGUGUAUACGUUUAAAUUUGAAUAUAUUGGUGGAUAUUCGUUUAAUUCGUUAAUUGGUUUGUGACGUCGUGAAUAAAUCGAAGAGGAAAGCGCAGGAACGCUUGAAACUCACGAAUCGAUGCUCGUGUUAUUGCAUUAUUACGCCGAUUGCAGCUUCUUUCCCUGCUUCUAACUUUUCACAAGUGAAAUUUUUACGCGCAAAUUUCUGUUAUAAACAGAGAACAUAACCUCAAAGGACCAAUACCUUCCGAUGUCCAACCGUCAUGAGACCACGUUUGGGGAUCUACAAGUCGAUGAACGAUUCAAGAAGCUGCAGCGCUCCUUGAAACUGGCUGUACUGAGACAGGAAUCCAGCAGAAGCUCGCACGAUGGGAAAAUGUCAGCCGUGUCAGCCUGGCCCAGCAUCUCCAGCAUUAAUGUAGAUACCUUGGAUUCGAGCUGCGCAGUUUCGUUGCCGCAAACUUCCUUGAUCAGGAGUGAGGUCUUGGCCUCCAGCAACAAUCUGAGAAACAUCCUGUUGAGGAAGAACAGCCGUAAUGCCAAGCAAGAAGCAAUGACUACGUCCAGCGUCAAGCAGUAUCGUGUCCAGCAGGAUGAUCACGUCGAUCGGCUUGUUAUGCCACCCCCGGCGAAAAAUACGGUUUAUCGCACUUUUAGGGAACCACCGGGAACCAGAGUUCGUACAUUGUCCAAUUGCGAACAGACAGCUUCGACUUCGCUUGACAGAUCCGCGCAGUCUUCCACGGCAAACGCGGCUUCCUUGAAGAGUGCUCCUAGCAGGAUGUUUACUAAUACAAAUGCUGACAAAGAAUACUUGAAUACUGUUGUCGCACCGGCAACUCCUACCAAUUACUUUGAGAAAGUUGACAGAGUAUUUUUGAAAUGGAAAGUUAUGUUAAAUGACCAAUACGAAUUAAUAAUUAAAGGGACAUUAAAAUGUGGAAGGAUUGCACGUAGCAAACCAGUUAUAAGAAGAUACUCUGCGACGUGCGUCGAGUCCAAAUUCAAGCACAAAUAUAUUCUACAAGGAAAUAUUGUUGAUGAAAGAAAUGGAUUACCGGAUUAUAUUCGCGGGAAAUUUUAUAACGGCUUUCCUGAUGAUUGGGAGAAUGUCUAUCAAAUAUGGAGGACGUAUAUCAGCCAAGGAUGUCCAGUGAUGUUUCGUUGGCCUACUCCUGUUACUGACAGUGACGAUGAUUUAAAGAGCGAACUGACAGACUUGACUUAUACAUGUGCGAGAAAUGACAAAGCUAUUUCUGCAACAGGAUCUUGUAAUCUAAAUGAAUACCCUAAGACUAAAAAUCUGAAUAAUGAAAACCAGGAAAAAUGUCAAAAUUACUCGACUCAUAGUUCACGGAAUCAUGAGAAAAAUACUUCGUUUGUAAAGCCUUUUAUUUCCAACUCUGAAAAGGAGGAUGUAAUCCCUGUCAUGCAAAUAAAGAAUAUAAAGCCGCUAUGCGACGAGGGUGAUAAACAAAGUGUCACAACUGAUGUAAAUCAACCGUCCAGUUCCAGGAAGAUCAAAUUAAAGGACAUUCUUCAGGAGGAUAAAUUGAACAUAAUUAUUAACAAUUUGGCAGAUAGGAAUUGCUCUCCAAAGUAUAUCGACAAGAUUAUUGAGAUGUUUGAUUGUUUGGAUUAUGUAGUGUCUUACAAAACGGGAUCGGAAUGCAAUAAUGACUCGCUAGUCUCCGCGAGUCACGAAACAUGCAACCCGGAAACGGUACAGAGUUUAGUGUACGAAGACAGUCAUGCGAACAGUAAUAAACUUGAAAACAAACAGACAGAAUUGAAAAACUGUUGGUACUCCACUGAUCUGGGAUACGGAAGCAUAAGAAAUGAUUCUAAUGCUGUCCAGCUAUCAAACCCAGUGAACAUUAAACCGAAACAUGACAAGGAUUCAGAUAAAUCAGAGAGCGAGACUUACGCAGGCGUACCCAAAGUAUCGAUCGAACGAGUUUUAAAAGCUAGAGAAUCACCCAGAAAAAUACACAAACGUAAAGUGAGAAAGAAAACGAUUUAUCCGGACGCUCAGAAGCAUGCAUCGAAUCUACCGUGUGACGUCGAAGAAGUUAAGUUGCAGUCUGUUCAUGUGGCGAAUCAAUUCGCUAACACCAAGAAAAAUUCACUUCCCGAUGAAUCUUGCAUUAGUAUCACGGAGGACGAAGUGGAAACAACGAGCGACACGAGGGAGUGUCGCAAGAUAGUAAAUAUUACUCAAAGACCACAAGAAAUGACGUUUUCCAGUCAUCGAGAGAUACAAAGGAAUAAUUUUAAUGUAUACGGAGGAGGCAAGUCUGUAACACAUGUACAAAAUGAACAACCGUCCGAUGCUUUCGAGGCACAAAGAGUUAACUUGAAUGCUUUUAUAAAGGAACAGCAAAUUGCUUAUAGGAACGUUCAAGAGAAGGCGCAUUCGCAUUUUGCUGCGGAUGUUGACUACACCACCAAUUCUGACGUCGACGUUGCGACUGUAAGCACGAAUGCGCGGAAGACAGGCGGAAAUACGAUAGCAUCGCAUGCUGAGGUGGACCAAGAUAUUACGAUAAUCAGCGAAAGGAAUAGCGACUUUUCCGAAAAGCCCUGUGCCUCCCCGAAAUUACAUAAAGAAUUUAUUGAACAAACGAAAAGCGAAUUUCCAAAGAAGAGAUCCAAACCGACUAUAAUCAGUUCGAUGCCGGUGAAUUUGAAAAUAAGUAGAGUAGACUCGAAGUCUGGACAGCAUGAUUCCAAGAUAAUUAUAAAGCAUGAGGCUAAGCAAAAUGCAAAUAUUCGGCCGUUAGAAGAAACUGACAAGACAUCCAUGUUAAAAACGUCGAUCAAUACAAAACCUGCGAUUGAUGUUUCCGACGUAGACUUCCUGAAUAAUUCUCAUUCGAAGACAACAGUCAACACGGUCGACAAUAAAAGAGAGAUUUGUCCGAUAAUAAAUAACAAAAAUGAAUUGGAUAAUAAUAUAAAUCCUACUAAUUCAACGACGAAUCCAACAAAUGAGCAACCUAAAAGCAGCAAGCUCGGAGUUGAGGAAAAUCCCAAAAUGCUGACCGCGUGGACGCCAAAAGUAGUGUAUUACGGGAAAUCGAAAUCUGAACUAGGUUUAACUUUUCAAGGAAAAUUACUCAACGAAGCUGGCCAUGUCGUGCACAGGAAGUUUACGACGGACAUCGUCGCGAGGCGAUUAUCAGUGACGCUAAUCGAAACGGUGAAUCAUGAAUUCUAUGAGCUUCUUGGACAUUUAAACGACAACAAGCACACUAUUCCCAAGGAACUUUCGAGACAAUGUCGUUAUGGAUGUCCCGCGAAGAUCGAGCAAUUUUGUCUGACUUGGGAAACAUUGCAGCACAAUAAUGUUCAAGAAGUCGAGAAGAAACUUCAUGAUACGACGAUGGACUGUCUGAAUGCACCUGUUAGUUCGAGGGGCCGUCGUAUCCUACCUCCGUUAUGUUACUGGAUAGGUGAACGUGUAACUUUGAAAGAUAACAAUCCAGUAUAUAGUCCGGGCAACUCACAGGAAUCAUCGUUACUUUCGCUGACUGAUAACUCAAAAGAAAUUCAAAAAAAUACUACGAAUACUGAAGAAAGAAAGAAGUUGAAAGUGAAUUCUAAGAAUACAUCAAAGGAGCAAGAUGUAAAUAAGCAAACGUCAUUGCCCGAAUCAAAUAAGACUUUUGGUACAAAUAAAAAUCAAAUGAUUGUUAUUGAAAAGGCUGGAGCUUCCAAAAAAUCACCUAAAAUCAAAACUGCAAACGACGUAAGGAAAUCCGAUAACUCGAAGAAAUCUCGGAAAUCCGUCGAUAGCAAACGACGACGACGACUGGCACAAAAGUUGACGUUCUCGUCCAGCGAUUCGAGCGAGGAGAAGCAAAAAGUAUCCCCGCGAAAGCGCAAUUUUCCGACAAACGAAAAUGCGGAUCCAGAAGGAUCAUCAAGGUAUACUAUGACAUUAAGAAAACGGCCAAAGAUAGAAGCAUCCUCGAAUAGAAUUUUAUGCAGGGACACAACCAAAUCUAAGCAUUACACAGCCUAUUAUUCACCAACAAAAAGACUCGAAAACCGAGAAAUGACGUAUACCUAUCAUCAAAAUGUUCCGCAAGAGGAUUUCUUAUCAGAGGACGAAGUAUCAUACGUAUAAUCUCGAACGGUCAUUUUGUAUAAACGUUAUUCUGUAUAUGUAUAUCGAUAACAAGCACGCGAAAGUUUAAUUUAAAAAAAUAGUUUUCUAUGUGUCUACGUCUACGUCUACGUUAUAUAUGUCUCUUUUCGUGAAUAUUAAAUAUAUUAUGUUAUAGUAAAUUGUUCUGCCGUGGAAAAAACUAUAACAUUCUCUUUCCUCGAUUAUUUUUUUGUAUAUGUACUAAAAUCAAAGUUUCUGUUCGUGACAGUAUAAUACAAAAGUGCUAUUAUUUUUUAAUAAAAUAUGAAAAAU